AUGGAGUCCGAUAAAGAGAACUUGAAUAAAUGGAUCGAUAAAACAAGAAUCCCUUUACCCGUUCAACCGUUGCCGGCUUUACCGAAGCAUUUAUUAAAAAGUGACCAACAAAGAGUUCCUUUAAGAAAUCUCAACAGCGUCGAUCUUGUAGCGGGAUCAAGCCGAGCGUAUGGAAAAGUUGCACCAUUUAAACAAAACAUUCAAACUCAAAACAUAGGUGACAAGUUUAUAACUUUGAGACAUAAUAAUGAUGACCUCGACUGGGACCUUAAACUAAUAAACGACAAGACGAAAGACAAAGACGAUAGUAUUAUAACGAUUAGUGAUGACAGUUUUAAUGAAAAAGAGAAUUUGGGUAAUGAAGCGAAGAGAGUGGACACACCAUACAAAUCGCCUAUAUUAGAACCGAAUAAAUUUAAAAAUGUAAAGAGAAGUCUGAAACGGCCACAUAGUCGGGAGUUGCAAGGUCUGUCACCAUUGGGACCGUCAGAAAAGAAAGGUGAUGAGAGACACAAGCGUCGUUUGAAAUUCGAUGAAAAUGUUCGAGAUCAACAAAGUCCAGAUUACAAUGAGGAAAUAUCUAGGAAGUGUUUACAUAGCGAUUACGCGACUGACAUGUUUGAAUACCUGCUGAGCGUCGAGACACCAGGCCAACUAUCCGUCCUGCCUACGAUCAGUCGCGCCUGCGUUCUCAACUGGCUAAUGAAAGUUAACGGUCCACGAGGAAAUCCGGCUGUAGUCCAGACCGCAUCUUGGUACUUAGAUUCUGUGCUCUGCGGUCGCGUGGUGCAAGUGGAUCAGUUACAGCUGGUAGCCGCCGCAUGCUUCUGGAUAGCGCAGAAGAUACAUGGUCCUAUUGCAAUGGCCUCUAGACUCGUUAAGUACUCUAAUAAAGCGUUCAGCUGUAAUCAACUCAGGAAGACUGAACUAGGAAUCUUGAAUAAGCUGAAAUUCCCCAAACAACCGAUAGUCCCGCAAGAUUUCAUCACGUAUUUAUCAUGGGUUUCAAACAAAUCUUGCUUCGGGGAGAUUGAAAUUGCUGCAACGUUUCUUUGCAUGUCAGCUCUGAUGAUUGACAAGUCGUUCAGUGCUGAAUUGCCGUCAAUUAUUGCGGGAGUUUGUGUGCGGAAUGCACUUAUAGCGUUGGGCGACCGGGAAUCCAUCCAGCGACUUCAUAGUUGUCCAAUAUUUCAAGCAAUACAGAAGAAAACAGAGAACGUGUGUGCGUUAUGCUCGCGGUUACGUCGAGCUGUCGGUGUUGUUGCACAAAAUAAUUUCGAAUACAAAGCGCCCAUCGAGCUUUUCGGGGCAGGUCCACAUUUCGUAGCGCAAAAGGUGAUCAAAUUCGUUAAAGAUACAUUCGCCGACUGUACGUAGACUUUAUUGAGGAAAAUGCUCGCAACAAAACGGAAUAGUGACGUGAUCUUGAGACUGGUUGGUUGACUUUAAGAAUAAAAAACAAGAUGGCGGAAUGCCUCGACUGACCGACUGUAUGAGAUAUUUUAAUUGUAAUACUCGAGUUUUUCUGGAUAAAUUAU